AUGGAUUUAAUGGACACACAAGAUAUAUCCUGUGUUGAUUUCGCUGAAUUAGGUAUACGUCCAGUAAGCUUGACAGACGAUGGCAAUGAUGUUGAUUUUGAUGACACAACACAUAAAUAUUUUGGUAAAGAAAAAUAUCCUGAAUUACAAUCGAUAAUCAAUGGUAAAAAAUUAACAACUGAUGACGAUGAUAUAUCAAUAUCUGAUGAAGAUGAUUCGAAUUAUGAAAUCGAUCCUGAAACUGGUGAGAAAAUCUUUCGUGAUUUGCUUGUUGCAUCUAGUCCAUCCUUCUCAUCUUCCAACAGUAAUUGGAUUGAGGAAUAUUUAUCUACUAUCGAAUUAUCAUCAUCAGCAUUAUCACCAUCAUCAACUAAUCAACUAAUACCAUCAGCGAUAACAGCAUCAAAUAGUGAUUUAUUAUUUGAAGGUAUUCCAUUAAGUAGUGAUCAAACAGAUUCAUAUUGGCUUUCAAAUUAUAUUUCUCUUGACGAAUCUACAAAUAAUAUUAUGUUUCCUGAUCAAUUUCUAUCUGGUCAAUUAAAUGAUGAAAAUGAUAAAAAUCUUCCUCAAACAACAUCACCUAUAUUUAUUCCAUUAUCAAAUAAAAAUAAUCAAGAUUCAUUAAUAAAUUUUUUAAGUGUUGCAAUCGAUGAUGAACACUCACUAGAUAGUACUAGCAACAGUAGUCGACGACAAAGAUUAUAUUCAUCACUUGAAAGUGAUUCAAAUACACAAGAUAGUGAACUAACAUUUGAUGGACCUUUUAUUGAAGCAAAAUUAGAAAAACUUGAAUAUGAUGAACAUUCAAGUUCUCAUACAUUUGUACGUCGACCAAGUGCACGGGGGAACUAUCAAGGACAACAAGAUGAAGAAGCUUUACUUCGAUAUAAUAUUCCACUCACAGUAUAUCAGAUAACUCAAUCAACUACUGAAGAAUACAAUCGCCAUCUAGCAUGUUUAAAUCAUUUAAGUUCUGAAAAAAUACAUAUUAUCAAAGAUAUACGUCGCCGUGGAAAAAAUAAAAUUGCAGCACAAAAUUGCCGAAAACGAAAAGCAAACAAUGUUGAAACAUUACUUGAAGAAGUUGAUGAACUUAAACGACAGAAACAUGAAUUAGAAGAACGUAGAACAUUAUAUCAACAACAAAUUACUGAAACACGUAGACAAUAUGAAUAUCUUCAUCGUCAAGUUUUACCUGAUCGACAAUUACCACCAGCAAUUAUUGUGAAAUAA